AUGUCACAUAAUAAACUACCAUCUUUCCCAAUACCUGACCUUAGGUUUUCUAAUGUAAUUUACAAUGCAUUGGCUAAAGAAACCAAAAGACAAAAUUUAACGGACCCAAAUCUGAAAAUAAUUGCAAAAGUAUUAUUGAGAGAUGUUAUUCUAAUGCCAUUUAUACAAAGUAUUGUUUGGACAGGAUUUAUUAUAUCGUUAAGGCCAACUUUAAAGAAUUUAGUUCAAUUAGGUAAAUCAUUCAAUUCAUCUGUUUAUAAUCUAAUUAUAGGUGCUGACCUUCGUAAAGAAAGAAAUACUUUCGGUAAGCUAUGA